GUUUUUGUUGCGUAUUAUCGGUGUGUAGAGCAGUGAUGUUCUUGCGAAUUCCGAUUCCGGAAGCGAAACAGUAGACACAUAGAGCGCAUCACCCGGUCGGGGAGGGUUUUUGCGGCUGCGUCAAGCUCAGUACACAGCGGCACCCGACCAAACAUCAUCACCCACCGAGAGUGCCACGCUCUUUUGUGUCAACCCGAUGCUUCUAGCGGUGUCUACCGUGGACACGCUGCUGAUGCUGGUGGUUCUGGUGGAGGUGAUGCCGUGGUGGUCACCCGUCAAAUAGUGUUGUUGUUCUAUUUUUAUUUCGAUGCCGUGCCCUUUCCUGAGCACUUGUGACAGGAUCGUGUCCGAAUAGGGAUCACCGCUAAUCACAGCGCAAUCAAUCAACGUCCGUGUACACCUUUUUCUCCUUCAAUCUCAACUCCGGGUGCAAUUAUGCCUCACCACCAACAGCAGCAACACUACGCUCCAAUGUACUACGGUUCUUGAGAAUUUUUCUCCCCCCCCACGGAAGUAGUACGUGUGGUCCAGAAUACCUUCGCCCCGUCUGCCGGUGGUGGACGGCUCACGCUCUCUCUCUCUCUCUUCGUGCCGCUCUCUGCACAACAUUCCUGCCGCGUCCGACGCCGGUUAAACACUGAAGAGUGAACCAACUCGUCACUCUUUGGCACCUCUUCCCUUUCUCAGUGGACGUCUUAUCGGAUCGAAGGACGAUCGAUGGACGAAAGCGUGGCACGACUACAUGAAAGGACACACCAGGACCAAAUGGCGCAUCAUUAAGCGCCUCUUUCUAUUCUUUACCACCCUCUCAGUUAUUCCGCUCACCGUACUCUACCUAAUCACCUCCGAUCAUCUCUACCGAUUUCGACAGUAUACGUAUGGAGCUAUCGCCGGCAAUGGUUCGGCACGCCAGCAGUUGCUACAGUUCCGUGCGCCCAUUCAUCCAGCGGACGGAGCCGUUCACCAUCUCCGGCUGGUGCAGCAUCGGCAGCACGCACAACAUGACCGGCAGAAUCACGACCACUACCACUACCAGCGCACCAGCGUUAAGAAUAGCACAAUCAACAGCCAGUACCGGCUGGACAUGGACUACAUGAAGCAGCGCAUGGAGCAUCGGGUCGAGCGGUUGCAGAAAAAGUGUGCCGAGUACCGAUUGAACGAGUCCAAGCACAACUACAAACCGAAGGCGUGGGAAUAUCUGAUACAGCACGAGUACCAUCUCGUGUGGUGCAACGUGUUUAAGGCGGCCUCCACCUCCUGGAUGUACAACUUUAAUCUGAUGGCCGGCUAUUCCCCACAGUUUCUGCGCAAGACGAAGGAUGUCCCGUUGCAGCUCGCCCGGCAAAAGUAUCCUAGACCAUCGGUUGAAAAGCUAAAGGAAGCCAUCAACGAAUCGAUAUCGUUCAUUAUCGUGCGACAUCCGUUCGAGCGGCUGGUCAGUGCGUACAAGGACAAGAUCCAGUAUGCCCUACCCAACUCGCACCACCACAAGCUGGGCAAUCGCAUCAUACAGAAGUACAGGAAAACGGUCAACGGGAAGCCCACAACACUGCUAAAGUAUCCAACGUUUUCCGAGUUUGUCAAUUACCUGCUGGAUGAGGUGAAACAUCCACACUUCGAGAUCGAUAUGCACUGGGUGCCGGUGACGCACUUCUGUACGCCCUGCUUCUUCCAUUACGAUGUGAUAGCCAAGUUCGAGACGCUCGAGGAGGACCAGAACUAUCUCAUCUCGAUCGGCCACCUGGACAGCGUGAUAAAGCCGCAGUGGAAAAAUGCCGGCAAGGGUGCGCACACCAACGAUAUGCUGAUGAAGUUCUUCUCGGAGCUGGACGGUGCCCAGGUCCGGGGACUGUACGAUUACUAUCGGUUCGAUUUCGAACUGUUCGGUUACAGUGCCAAGGGGUACUAUAAGGACUAGGGGAAUGGGGGGGAGGACGACUUUCGUGGCGAGUUCUUGAAAAGUUGGAAGACAUAUUUUAACCAAACUAGAGGCAACUAUCCCCGAGCGGAAGAAACAAAAUUGUUACUUGAUGAUAGAUCACUAGGACACACACUAAGACACUCCUUUUCCAAAUACCCCCUUGGUUCGUUCUGUAGCAAAAAACAAAAACGCACACAUCACCAUUACGUCAAAUUACUAGUGAUAGCAAGUUCCGCCAUUUUCCCGAUAGAGGUCGCACCUAUAGGCCAAACGACUAUGAACAACUACUAAGCAUCCCUUGAUGGGUGGUGAUUGGACGCAUUUUGGGCGGCCUAGCAAGCAACAGAAAAGACACAAACACACAGAAACACUGAACAGAAAAAAGACAACUACUGCGGAACAGCUUUAGGAUUAGUAGAGGAUUAUAUUAAAAGUAAAGCAAAACAAAAAAAAGGAAACAAACAAACACGCAAGCACGCCAGCAGCGGAGCGGCCGACUAUUUUCUACAUAUUUGAAAACAAAAAAAGACAAAAAGGAUAAUCAAAACACCCAAUAUUAUACAUAUACAUAGAGAAACGUCCAUUAGCGGUUAAGAGACGGUAAACUAAAUUUGCAUCCAUUUCGGUGUCAUUUCGUUCUCGACCAGUUUGUCCAUGGGUUUGUUUUUGUUCGUUCGUUUUACCUUUAUGCAAAUUCAAAUUCGGCGAAAGCGGGCCCAGGAAGGGCAUUCUUUUUGAAUGUAGUAAAUUAAGCUCCAAAAGGGCAACCCAGCUGGGGAGUGGCGAAUAAGCAGCUUUCGCAAGUAAAACGAGGCUUACGAUCGAACCAAAUCGUGAUUGAUACUAGUUUGUAAGGUAGAUAGCAUGUUUGUUGAGACCCGUUCAUUCUGUUCGAAGCAUUCGAACCACGCGCGACCAUUUUACCUACUCUAAGCCCCUUUCGGUUGCUUUUCUUUAGUGUGAUUAGCAAACUGGAGGGGGGGGGGGGGGAAUACACUUCUGCUUCCAAAAAUCAAUCCUGUCUUAUUAAAAGCGUUGGAAUUUGUGCAUUGAACUAGUCAUGCGUUAUGAAGAAGAAUCGUUUUCGUUUCGAGGCGCGUAGAUUCAGUUUUGGGUUUCAUCAAGCGCUGAAACAGCGCAUCGUUUAUAGCUUGAGGCUUUAAGGUAGCUGAACAAGUAUUUCUUUCCUAUUCCAACGUAAGUUUCAACACCAAAGAUAUCAAUUCCAAGUCAAACGAAAAAAAAAAUGGUCGUCAAAUGUACAAACCAGGAUAUCAUGAUAUCAGAGCGAAGAUAUCGUCGGUCAAGCCGAUCGCGAUAAAUUUCUAUUCUAAACCAAACGUUCUGCUUACGGAAUAGUAGCAAAAAUGAGGUAAAAGACAACCUCCAGCAAUCGAUCGAUAAAUUCGAAAUUCCCCGUACCAAUUAGACCAAAA